UGGAGGAAGAGGGAAAUUGAUUUAAGGGUUUUGAUGAAAACAGGUGGGUCGCACAAUAUCAUCCGGUUCGAUCGGCUGAAACUUGAAAAAACACCGGUUUGCCUGUUCUUGAACCUAUUGUAGAACCGUUUGAACUCUCUGAGACUGCCUCUGACCUUUGAGGUUACAGAAAUGGAGAAUGAAGAUGACUGGCUUGCCCUAGACAAGCUUUACCAUGUCCUGUUCUGUUUCUUUAUUGCCAUUACUGUGUCUGCUCUCGCUUAUCAAACAAGAUAUCCAUUUAUUCACAGAUGGAGUAUUUGGUUAGGAUCAUUGGUGUCUCUCGCUGCUGGUGUGGCCAAAGAAGCAGGAGACGAGAUAGGAUUAUGGGAAUCAGCUGGAGCUUCUGUUAAAGACGUCAUUGCUGAUCUCUUGGGUAUAUUUAUGUCGUCGGUUGUGUUUUCUCUCUUCAAAUCCAUGUCUUUGCCGAAAAAAUAUGAGGAAUUGAUAGGAACUCGAGGGGUUUCAAUGGUAUAGACAUCAUUCUAUACCAAAUUGUUUGAGGAAUUUAUGGUUUUGGGAGGUCUCUGUUGUAGUCAGGUACUUCAAAGAGCCAUUUGGUUUGUGGCAAAUGCACUUGGCGGCCUAGCACACUUGGAUCGUCCAGAUUAGUUAUGUAUCGAUUAUACAUCUGUAGCAUGAGGAAUCCCCAUAGGUGCA